AGUGGGAUUGGAUUAGGUCAAAUAAAACGAAACACUGCGAGGAGUAUGGCAGUGACAUGAAGAUGGGGCACUCGCCAAUAGAUAUUACAAUACAUUCUAGGUUUCUUUUAUUUUUAACUUUUUCCCAAUGUAUAGACUGGCAAGUGAUACUGUACUGUGGAUAUUAUUCUGUCGAACAGUAGCAACGACAUUCUUUGACCUAUAUUUGUCAAGGGAGAUAAUAAUGAUAAUGCUCUUCUUUGAAAAAAGAUACGAAUGACCCCAAGUUCAUUUAUGGUGAUAAUGGAACACAAAGCCAGAUUUUUACCGUUAUUUUAGUUUCUUGAUGUCAAAUAUGACAACAAUUUUUGGCCAAGUGACUGCUCAAGUUGCGGACGAUCUGCCAAAAAAGUUUCCAAAUGACUUUGAUUUUUCUUCAAUGAUAGAGAAGGUCAGUGAAGAUGCGGGAGUCGUACUUCUGUUCUCAGAACAACAAUAUAAACUUCAAGGCCUCUGGGUGUCCAUGGAAAAGGCCUACAGCCUUCUAGCUACGACGCUUGGAAUAUAUGGUGCUAGAAUAACGUCAACUAAAAAUGAAAUAACAGUUUCCAAUCAUUCUGAUGUCUUCAAAGGAGAAUGUCUCUCAAAUCCAAGUAAUGAAAAGGACAAAGUUAAACAAAAUGAAAGUGGGGAUGAAAAUAAUAAAGGCAAUAAAACCAACAAUCAUUCUGUCCCAGAAAAAAACAAUGACUUAAUACCUCAAAAUCUAAAUACCAUUAUUGAUUGUUCAAAAGAAAUAGAACCAUUGAAUUCUAGGUCUACAACUAGACGACCACGGCUUUGCAAUGGCAAACAUAAAAAGAGUGAUAAAAAUGUUUCAGAAACUGUAAAAGAAACUAAAAAAAGACAGGGUAGAUCUAGACUAGCUUUAAAGAAUACAGGCAGCAUUAAACCUAACAAACUAGAGCAAACUGGCCCAAAAAUCUCUUCUAAUGACAAUGCCAGUAAUACUGGCUCAAAUGAUGCCAGUACUCAAGGUGUUCAGAGGAGAAAAAGAGGAAGACCAAAGAAAAAUCUGAGUCUGACAUCAUCAAUAAGUUCUGCUACCAAUUUAGUAAAACAAAAAAUUUACAAAUACACAAAAUAUAAAUCAAAUUUUGUUCGUAGACCGUUUAUUGUGAGAUCUUUAUUACAAACAGAUUUAAGUAAAAACAUUAACAACAAUAAAACCUCAAGCAAAGAAGAACUGGAAGUUGUAGAAAAUGAAGACGAUAAUGAGGAUGAUAAUGGAGCAGAUGAUGGGGACGAUGUUAACGAUGCAGAUAUUACCGAAAAAGAUAUUAUUGAUAAUGGUGAAGAUGAAGAUGAUGAUGAUGAUGUUCCAGUCACAUUUACAAGAAAACGUGGAAGAGGACGACCCAGAAAAAGUGAUGCAGAAAAAAAAUAUCCCUGUUCAGAUUGUGAUUUUGUUGCUGUAAACGGAAACAUGUUAAACGAUCAUAAACAUAGAACACACAGAGCUUUUCCUACAAAGUGUGAUGUGUGCCAUAAGGUUUUUCCAAAUAAAAGAUACAUGAUGCGUCAUAGAACUUCUCACGUAGAACCUCAACAUUGCUGUGAUAUUUGUGGCAAAAUGUACAAAGUGAAAAAAUCAAUGGAGGACCAUAGAAAAACUCAUGAUGCUGGCUACACAAAACCUGUCUUUGAUUGUUCUCAGUGCUCUAAAAAGUUUUGUAAUGGAUAUAUUCUGAAGUGUCAUAUUAAAUCUGAGCAUUUGGGCGAGAAGAAAAGUUUUCUCUGCUCUCGAUGUGGUAAAAGCUUUACGACUAAACAUUCUCUUCAAGAGCAUUCAAAUGCUCAUAUAGGAUUAAAACCACACGUUUGUGACAUUUGUGGGAAAGGCUUUAAUUACGAAUCAGCGCUUCGUGAUCACAAAUACACGCACACAGAAAGUAGAAAGUUUACAUGUUCAAUUUGCAAUAAACAUUUUUGUCAACGCUCAAGUCUUAAAAUGCACAUGAGGAUUCAUGCUGUGGAUAAGAAAUUUGUAUGUGAAGACUGUGGGAGAGGGUUUACACAAAAACAGGCCUUGCAAAGACAUGAACGUGUUCACAAAGGAUUUAAACCUUUUGUUUGUAAAAUAUGUCGACGAACUUUCACUGAUUCCUCUAUAAUCAGACGUCACCUUAUUCUCGUUCACAAAAUUAACAAGGAUUCAAAUUCUUGGCGUGAAGAUAUUAUUUGUAAAAUUGGUCCCACAAAGUUUAGAGUAGAAAAGAUUGAUGAAGCAAAACAAGAAGUUUGUGAGCAAAGUGAAGAGGAAGUCAUUGAAGCUUUGCCUUCCUUCCAUACACAAACUGUUGAACAUUCAUAUUCUGUGAAAGAUGAUUUAGAUACAUUAGGGAAUGGAGACAGUUUAUCAGGUCACAUGCCCACAGAAAAUAAUCACCAUCACAUACAGCUGGAAACCUGUCAUUCUAAUUUAUUGUUACCUCCCUUACCUUCAACCACAUUACCUCAGGUCAUUGAUUAUUCUGACAGAAAUACGAACAGUGUUAACAGUAUGCAUUCUUCACAUGGUAUGAUAGCAGACGACAGACAAAACGCCAUGGUUGAAGAUCAACAAGCAGCAGUAACCACCUCAAGUCCUACCGUUUGGUCUAUUCCAGUUCAUGGACGAGAUCAAAAUAUUCAAAACCACCAUCAUCCUCACCAUAUAGCCACAACCACUCAUCACCAGCCAGAGAAUCAACCUCAGAUUGAUAUUGGUUCACUUGAUCCAAGAGAUUAUCCACAUCUUCACAGAUCUGCCACACCUCAAUAUCUUCCCAUCCAAGAUGUGGAUAAUCAAAUGCGAUGUAAUAGCGUUAACUAUGCACCAGAUAUACGUCAUCAUGAGGUACCAUCUGAUCCCAACCAUCCCUCCACUUCGCAAGCACAAUGGCCCUCAAUUUAUGCCUACUACAGUCAACUAGCAAGUCAGUUUGGUAUGAAUUUAAAUGAAUACCCACCAUCUUCUGGUUAUGGUAUGCAUCCUCAGGGAAGUCCACAACAACAGCAACAACAAUCACAGCAGCAAUAAACUUUAAUUUAAAACUUGUGUGUGUAUGAUUGAAAUAUGAAUAUAAUGUUUAGUUUAUGUAUUAUUAUUAUUAUAUGCUUAUUAGAUCUCUCUUUAAAAAUUUUGUCACAUUUACUAACUUAUUAUUUUUUUACACGAUAUUGUCUAUGGUUGGUUAGCUAAACCUUUUUGAUUUGGGUUUGUUAUGGUGUUGAUUUGUUUCGUGGGAUGAUCAGUUGAAUAUAUAGACGAAUCCAGUCUUGACCUCCACUGAAUCUUUUGAAACAAAACUUUUAAAUUCAAUUGGGUCUGAUCCAUCAGAAAUUGAAAUAACAUGUCAGAUCACCUCAAAUUAAUAUUUUAUUUUGACCUUUGUCCAUGUGAGCUAUUAUCUGUUUUACAAUGUUAAAAAUAGUUUUUUUUAAGAUUAACUUGUUAUUGAAUGGUUUGUUUUGUAUUGAUAAAUUUUAAAGCAUGAACCUAUUAAUGAAUUUUUAUGAUUGCUUUCUUUGUAGAAAUUGACCUGGUUAAAGGCUCUUUUCUUUAAAUAUUUAGUGGAGUCAUACAGGUGUGUGAAGCUGUGAAGAUCACCAAUAUGAUUAAUUUCUGUAUGACUAAAUGUUUGUUAUUGUUAUUAUACUGGUUAUUAUAUUAUACAACCCUGUCCGUUUCAAAAGUGGAGGGUUUUUUAUCACCAGAAUUCUCAAAAUUUGUGGGGGGUGGGGAGGUUCUAGUGGUUUAAUGUCUGCAUGUUGCAUCAUAAACUGUUGUUGAGUUAAGUGGCAUGAUUUUGAUUCCCAGCUUGUAUGUGACAAGGAGUAGAGUCCCCUGUCCAACCUCGUAGGUUUUCUAUGGGUCCUUUUGUUUUCUCCCACUGCUAAAGACCCCUAUGCACAAGUGAAUUAUUGAAAUAAAAUUGAACCAUAUGUCAGUCCUGAAAUGACCUAGUUUGUGUGGCCUGGAGUUAAACUCUCUCUCUCUCUCUCUCUCAAAAUUUUCUUGGAUCUAUAUCUAAAGAAAGUAUAUUUGUAUUUCUCUGGGCUUUCGUUUUGCUAAAAUUAUUUGAACACCAUUGAUGUUGCAAUAACUUUUGUUGACUGAGCACAAUACAGGGCCAGAUGUAGGCAUAUGAAACCCAAUUGUGUUUUAUCAGUUAUUGUGGGCUUUUUAUUUUCUAUGGGAAUUUGAGAUCUAGGCGUAGUAAUACCAUGUAAAAAUUUAUAUACCUAAAAUGAAGCCAAAGAUGUAUAUAAUUUAUACUGUUUGAAUGGCAUUUAGUAAUUGAACACAUUAAAAUAAACACAACAGUUCUAUAAUUGGAAUGACAUACAUUUGAGAUCUAAUUAUUGGGUGUGCUUAUCCCUCCUUAAAGAUACAUUAUGCAAAAAUAGAUAAUUAAAAAAAAUGAAUAUAUGGUAGAUUUCAUUCAAAUAACUUUAUUCUGAGCAAAGAUAAUUUUAAUGUUUUGACAAGAAAUAGCCAUAAUUGGCAGGUAGUAACUAUGCAUACAUUUCAAAAACUAGAUUGUCAACUACCAUAUUGCCAUUAUAAUAAACAAAGUCUUGAUUGUCGACCUUCAAUGGUCAGUAUCCAGCCGUAUUAUCGUUUGACGCAUACAUGGCGGUUAUUGUCUAAUCCACUCAAUAUUUAAGCCAUCUGACUGCUGAGAGUUGAUUAAGGGCUUGUCAUGUGAAUAAAUGUAUAAAUAGUAGUUUAUAUACCGGUAUUAUUUGAAGCCAGAGAAAUGCUCAGCAAUAGGCAAGUUUAGCUCUUGCAUUAUGUAUGACCCUUUAAGUUGACAGCGGGGUUGGAUGGCCGAAUGGUUAGCAUGUGCGUGCUGUAUCAUAAGGUCUGUUAUUGAGUCAACUGGCAUGGUUUCGGUUCCCCAGUUGUAUGUGACAAGGAGUAGGGCCGCCUGUCCAACACCGUUAGUUUUCUCUGGGUCCACCGGUUACCUCCCACUGGUAAAGACCCCUACGCACAAGCGAAUUAUUAAAAUAAAAUUGAACCGUAUGUUAGUCUCGAAAUGACCUCGUUUGUGUUAAGUGGACGUUAAACCCAAUUUCUCUCUCUCCUCUUUAAGUUGAUUUUAAUGUACUUAUAUGAGAUUCUAGAUGUGAAUCAUCUAUUUACUUCUAAGAUCUUGAAUUUAGUUGAUAUUUUUACAACAGUUAAUGCUUCAAGAUAUAUUUUUGACUCUUAUUAAUUAUUCCUCCUGAUGUAAUAGCAAACUGCUGAAUUGGUGGUCUCAAUACUUAUUUGAAAGAAAAACUUAAUUAAAUCAAUGAUAACAACCUAGGCUAUCAGGUUUGGUUGACCAUAAUGUUAUCCAAAACUUAAUUAAAACAAUUAGUUAAUCUAUACUGUGUCUGAUUUUGGAAAAGCUUUUAGCCAUAUUUUUAUGUAUUUUUUUUGGAGAUUUUAUUUAGUUUCAAAUAGUUUGUAAAUAUUCCAAUAUGCACAGUUAUGAAAUGUCAUAAUGUAUUAAUAUAUCAGUUUAUGCUAAUAUAUGUGUAUGUCUACAUAAAGUAUUAAAAUUUAUAUCCA